GACUUAGGCAUGGAGAAUUUCCAGAAAGUAGAGAAAAUUGGUGAGGGUACAUACGGUGUAGUAUAUAAGGCUAAAAACAAAAUCACCGGGGAAGUUGUGGCGCUGAAAAAGAUCCGAUUAGAUACGGAAACUGAAGGAGUUCCAAGUACAGCAAUCCGUGAAAUAUCCCUCCUGAAGGAACUCAGCCAUCCUAAUAUUGUAAAGUUACUGGAUGUGAUUCACACAGAAAACAAACUUUACCUCGUCUUUGAGUUCCUCCAUCAGGACCUAAAGAAGUUUAUGGAUGCCUCUACUGUCUCUGGGAUCGCAAUGCCACUGGUUAAGAGUUACUUGUACCAGCUGCUGCAGGGCCUGGCAUUUUGCCACUCGCACAGAGUACUACAUCGGGACCUCAAACCCCAAAAUCUUUUAAUUAAUGCCAAUGGAGACAUAAAGCUUGCAGACUUUGGACUGGCAAGGGCAUUUGGUGUGCCAGUACGGACAUAUACACAUGAGGUGGUUACUUUAUGGUACCGAGCUCCUGAAAUACUUCUAGGAUGCAAGUAUUACUCCACUGCUGUUGAUAUCUGGAGUUUGGGGUGCAUCUUUGCUGAAAUGAUUACCAGAAGAGCACUCUUCCCUGGAGACUCAGAGAUAGACCAGCUUUUUCGAAUAUUUCGGACCUUGGGCACGCCAGAUGAGGUGGUGUGGCCGGGUGUCGCACGAAUGCCUGACUAUAAACCUACUUUCCCAAAAUGGGCAUGGCAAGAUUUGAGUAAAGUAAUACCCCCUCUAGACGAGGAUGGCAGAGACCUGCUGGCUCAAAUGCUUACUUAUGAUCCUAACAAGCGAGUUUCUGCCAAAACUGCACUUUGUCAUCGUUUCUUCCAGGAUGUAACACGGACAGUGCCUCAUCUGCGAACCUAAAAUCCUGAUUGGGCUGCAGGUUCCCUUUGUAAAGCACACCUGCAGUGGCAUCAGGGAGAGGGAGUUAGAAGACCACUGAGAGGGAUGCAUAAUUACAGUGUUGUAAAGUUGCUCCUUGUUGCUGCCACAGAAUCUUAAAUGAUUGCUGCAAUCUGAAGAGGUGCCAUAGAAAUUUAUCUCUUGUUAUACAAAUAUAGACUACAUUAUGCAGGCAUUUGAGUUUUUGAGGAACAUUUCAGGUAUAUCCAUACCUAUUAUAAGGAGCAUUUUAUGAGUGGGUUAGGGGCAUCCUGACCAUAUUUUAUUUUCUUGUUCAAGUUAUAGUGAAGCUUGGCUCAAGGACCAAAAGUGUUCAUAAAAGCAGUUAUCCUGUUUUCCAAAUAGGCAAGGGUAUACACAUGAGAGUGCUGGUUUAGUGCUGGAACUAUCCAUUUUAUGCACCUGAUAGCUAAUGUAAUUGGUGCUGUUAGCUCCUAUGCAGUUGUUUUACCCAGGGCAUCCUGCUAUUUAAUAAUGAGUUUCUGUUACUUUAAUGCAGCUUUACUGAACUCCUUGGAUAAGUGUUGUUAGCAAGGCCUAGAGGAAAUUUGGUGGCCAGAUGGACAGAGAGAGAGUGGAUUGUAUCUGAUGGUUCUUGCAUUUUCUUUUUUUUUCUAGCUUGAGAGAUUUAAGAGGAAAAUAUUUACUAGAUAUUUUAAAACCUUCUCUCUAGUGCUGUAUUCUCUGUGAAAUGUAAGUUUGGACAGUGCAGUCUUAGUUGGGAUGGGGUGGAAGAUCUGGUUAGGGAGAAGGUCAUAGUCUGGCUUUUACAGGCUUGAUACUGAAGGGUUGUGUGUAAAUCAUUGAAACUUAUGAGUGAAUGGAUGUGGGAGUCGCUGUUUUUGUGGAAGGCUGGCAUACCAAGUUGGCCACUCAUGAAGCACAGAUGACUAUCCUAAAGGAAGCUAUUUAAUUGGGCAGGUGAAGUUUAAGUUAACAUCUCACCAAGGAACUCUUAAGGGAAUUGUUUGGGAGAGAACCUAGCCAGAUACUAUGCUAUUAUCAUAACAUGUCUUGCUGUACUAGUGUAUGUCAUGCCAUUUGUAAUGUUAAGGACCUAAUCCAUAGCUGUUUAGGGGUGGGGGCAUCCAAAUUGUAUGCAUCUCCUAGAUUACUGUCUUAUUAUUGUUUGUGCUGUGGUUCCUUUACUGCUACUCCUGGUUCAAUCCAUCAUAUUGUAUUCAUAAGGACAGGACUGGAGUUUUAAUUUUAUUUUAUUCUGCUGCAGCUACUGUAUUGGUCAUUUCCCAAAACAUUUCAAGAACACAAAAAGAAAGCUGAGAAGGCAUACAUCGGUUUGCAGCUCUUCUUUGUGUGUCUGUUAUUUCCUACCCAUAUGCUGUCUUUGAGGAUUGAUUUGAGUUGAUUUUUGUUUCAUCACAGGACCUUGAUUAUUACUGUGUGUGUGUGUGUGUGUGU